GCGAAUCUGCAGUGGGUGUAAACCUCGUUAGCUGGGCGUUGAGGACUGAAGGAAAUCAUUUUUCUGGUUAGCUGUGGGUGAAUAGCAUGAGAAAGAUGCUAACCAUCAUAUCUAACGUUCUCAGGGGCAGCGCUAGCAGGAACGGUGCCGAACUGGUAUCAGAGGGAGCAAGAGUGGUGGUAUCAGCCAGGACCUAUGCAGACUUCACCCCUCAGGCCACUUUUGACAUUAAGAAAUGUGAUUUGCACAAGCUGGAUGAGGGCCCACCCCUGAAGGCCGUGCUUACAAGAGAGGAGGGGCUUCAGUACUACCGCACCAUGCAGACCAUGAGACGUAUGGAGCUCAAAGCUGAUCAGCUCUACAAGCAAAAGAUCAUUAGAGGCUUCUGUCACCUUUAUGAUGGACAAGAAGCAUGUGCUGUGGGUAUUGAGGGAGGUAUUAAUCUAACAGAUCAUCUUAUCACAGCCUACCGUGCCCAUGGGUACACUCUUACUAGAGGGGGCACCGUUCGUGAGAUCAUGGCUGAACUCACAGGUCGUAGAGGAGGUAUUGCGAAAGGAAAGGGAGGGUCUAUGCACAUGUACACUAAACACUUCUAUGGAGGAAAUGGAAUUGUGGGAGCUCAGGUGCCUCUUGGCGCAGGUGUAGCAUUGGCCUGCAAAUACCAGGGCAACAAUGAGCUGUGUGUCUGUCUUUAUGGUGAUGGUGCUGCAAAUCAGGGUCAGAUCUUUGAGACGUAUAACAUGGCAUCUCUGUGGAAGUUGCCCUGCAUAUUCAUUUGCGAGAAUAACAAAUAUGGCAUGGGUACUUCUGUGGAGAGAGCAGCUGCUAGCACUGACUACUACAAGAGAGGAGAUUUCAUCCCUGGAUUGAGGGUGGAUGGCAUGGAUGUCCUUUGUGUGAGGGAGGCCACCAAAUUUGCCGCCGACCACUGCAGAUCAGGAAAAGGUCCCAUUUUGAUGGAGCUGCAGACCUAUCGUUACCAUGGACACAGUAUGAGUGACCCAGGAAUCAGUUACCGCACACGUGAGGAGAUCCAGGAGGUGCGCAGUAAGAGUGACCCCAUCUCAAUGCUGAAGGAUCGCAUGCUAAGCAACAACAUGGCAAGUGUGGAGGAACUUAAGGAGAUUGAUGUUGAGGUAAGGAAGGAGAUUGAGGAUGCUGCUCAGUUUGCCACCACAGACCCUGAGCCUCCACUGGAGGAUCUUUGCAACCACAUCUUCUACAAUGACCCUCCUUUGGAAGUGCGUGGCACCAACCCUUGGACCAAGCUCAAGUCCGUCAGCUAAACUAUCUUCCAUCAUCCCAACUCCCCUCCUUUUCCGAACAGCUGACCAUCUCCUGUUCAAGCGCACAUCACAACAAAAUACUAUUGCCUUUAGUUGGCUAUAGGUUUCAUAGACACUGUUUUUUGGAAACCCAGCCAAAUCUGUCCACCACAUAGAGACCUUUUUUGACAUUUAAUCAUUGCCUUGUUUUGUUGUCUUCAUCAUGAUAAGUUCAGCCUAGCAUAAUUCCAAUACAGUCUUCAGUACUUAUUUUAUAAAGGUUUCAUUACUGAACUAAAUGCAGUAAAAUGUAAAACAAAUAAAAUACAACAUAAAUACAUAUUGGCAAUGGGUGAGUGUAACUGAUGGCAUUUGGCUUGUAACUUUUGGUGCUUUUCAAGUGACCCCAAUGUCUCUAUUGCUUAGUGUCCAUGCAUUACAGACACCUCCCAUCAUUAAGCUGUAUCAAAGUUCAGUCAUUGCAGACAUGCACACAUACAUCUCACUCUAUAUUGAGUGUGGUGUUGCUGCCAAAUCAUAUCUUUCAUCAAAUUCUUUCAGCCCUACUUCCUAUUAAACUGACCAUAAUUGUUGAAAGGGAAAGGUUUAUUAAUAUUAAUUAAAUGUAAAUCUAUUUGAUCACGUAAAGCAUACAAAAUAAAUAAAAGUGUGUUAUUUAUGGGGUUUAAAAUGGGAAGUGUUAUUUUAUUCUGUUGUAUCUUGGAAAGCAAACAGGGCCCUACUAAUAUAUAUAUAUAUAUAUAAUGUUGGGCCUGAAAGCGCUUAAGCUAUAACUAUAUCUGAAAACCAAGAUGAGUAGGAUUUUAAAAAGCAAAAUCUCAAUCAUUUAUUUAAAACAGGGUUUUUAUGUAUUUAUUUUUAAAAAAAGCAAUGAUACUUGUGAAUACAACUUCACUUUUGGUGAUUCCAAUGCAUUAAUGGUUGUUUUAAUAGGGUUAUUUAAAACACGUCUGUAGCUGGAAGAUGAUUUAUUGCAUUGGAUGUUAGGAUGCUGUUCAGGUUAUGAAGAGGCAUCAGGGUCACUGGUUAAGCCCUUUUGCCUUGUUGACCAGGAUGAGUCAACAAAAUCAGGCAAUGGCUGUGUGAUCCAAUGUGGUGUUUUUAUCAUACGACUAAAAAUAAAUGUUUCCAAGACAA